AAAAAAAAAAAAAGAGCUAAAAAAAAAAAAUGUCAAAAACAGCACCUUUUGUAUGGGCCCAAAGAAGAGAUAGAGUUCUUUUAACAAUUCAUUUACGUGACGUAACAAAUGAAAAAAUUGAGCUUACACCUGAUCAUUUAACAUUUGAAGGAACUUCUGAUAAAAAUACUUAUACUGGUUAAGUUAAUUUCUAUAAAGAAAUUGAUGUCGAAGCUUCUAAAAAAACUAUCCUUGGGUAUGGAAUUAGAUUUGUUUUAUUCAAAAAAGAAAAAGAAGAAUCAUAUUGGCCUCGUUUAACUAAAGAAGGAGGAAAACACAAUAAUAUCUAAAGUGAUUGGGAAAAAUAUAUUGAUUCAGAUGAAGAAAAUGAAAAAGGUGAUAAAGGAUUAGACUAAAACUGGAACCCUGAUAUGAUGUAAAACUUUGGUGGAAAUUACGGAGGUCAAGGAGGUGAAGGUGCUGAUGAUUCUGAUGAUGAAGAACCUUAAGUUAAUGAUUUAGAUGGAGAAGAAGAAUUAUAAGGAGGAGAUAAAAAAGAAGAAAAAUAAGAUGAAGAAGUUAAAUAAGAAAAUUGAUGAGAAAAUAAAAUAAUAAUUGAAAGAAAAAGAUAUAAUAAAUAAAUAUAAUUAAUAGUUAAAAUAGUUUAUUUUAUUUUCUAUUCUUAUCUUUUCUUUAUUUUCUUUUUUUUAUAUUUUUUCGUAUAUAAAUUAGUUUUU